AUGGCGCCUCACGGCCGCCUCCUCGACCUGGAUAGGCACGACGUGCUGCUCUUCUUCUACGGCGAUGGCGCCUACCGCCAGAGCGACCGCGUCAGCGUGGCCACCUACGGGAUCGUCUUCUGGCCAGUCUUCCUCGUGGCCGCCCUGCUCCUCCACCUCAUCGUCCCGUUCCCGCACGCCGCUGCCGUCUGCGGGGCGCUCUACGUCGCCUACUGCUUCUUCCUCGACCGCGCAGCGCAGGCGAGCAGCUCCAGCUCCUCGCGGCCUUCCGCUGCCGCUGCCGUGCCGCCGGCAGAGUCCUCUCGUCCCACUACGAUCCUGCAGAAUUGA